AUGCAGCACCCAGACUCGGCGUCCCCUUGGUGGGCAACAUUGCAGCGGAUAGUAGGGCGCAUUGGCUUUGGAGCGAAGGGCGUCAUAUACGGUCUCGUAGGAGGAAUGACGGUUGCCAGCGGGGCAAAGUUGGACGAUAAGGAGUAUGAAGAGAGUCCCAAGGGCGCUUUUGUUAUGAUAGGAGACGUCAAGUCUGGCUCCGGAGCACUCUUUGUUUUAUUGAUCGCUCUGUGGUGCUAUUCUAUAUGGAGAUUUUGGGAAUGCCUCACGUAUCAAGGCCGAGAUGCAAAGCUGUCAAACUUGGGCAACUUCUUCCGCUUCCGACUUUCGCCAGCCGUAAGCGGAGGAGUGUACAUCGCAUACUCGUAUUACAUCGUCAUUAUGCUGCUCAACAACUACAAAAACAAACCCCCAAGCUGCUACCCGAACUGCUGGCGUGAAACGAUCCUCGGCCGCACGAUGCUCGUGCUCAUGGGCGUCGCGUUCCUCAUCGCGUGCCUCACCCAACUGCAGAAUGCCUUGACAAAGAGAUGGCAUUCUGAGAUUAACUGGCGCCGGGCCAAUCAGAAGUGGGAGCGAUGGAUGUUGCUCACCCUUGGGCACAUCGGAUACUUGGGACGAGCGGGAAUAUUUGUCUUCGUCGGCAUUCUCGAAUUCAAGGCACUGAAGCACCCCGUAAGCCAGUCUGGGGAUCAGAUCGCUGACGGCCUCUCGCAGUUGCUGACGUCGACUCAGGGCAGAGUGGCGAUGAUAGCCACUGGCCUGUGCACGCUCAUCUUUGGACUUUUCUGCGAGCUCUGCGUCAUCUAUCGCCAGUUUCCCACUCCACCGCCGUCUGGGAUACCGUGGGUUCACAAGAAUAAGCACCCCGUAUUGAAUGCGCGACAUUGA